AUGGCGCCCGCUGGCAACCCAAGUAUCCUGUCUCCCCAAGAGCUCGAAAGCCGGCUUGCUGAGUGCCAGGCUGGAACGACACAAUCCUAUCCCUUCCUUCUGAACCAGUCUGACUCCGAGUCAGCAAUCUCUACAAAGAAACUGGAAGCAUGGUUUAGUGGUAUCGAGGCAUUCGGAGCUGCUUGCAACAUCUCCCCUGUACAAUGGGCUGAUGUCGCCAUUUUCUUCUUGGCCCCGGAAGGGGAGGAUUGGGAGUUGAAAGCCGUUAUGAGCGAGAGGAAGGCUAGUCAUUUGAAAGAGAUGAAGCGGCUUUUUUGGGAUUGGGAUGACUUCAAGGAUAGUCUUACUAUAUAUAUAGCCUCGCCUUUCAUGGUCUAUUCUCCCCGAAACCUCAAACGCCGGCUUGAUGACUGGGCUGGAAAAACACAUUCCUACCCCUUCCUUCUGAAUCAGUCUGACUCUGAGUCGGCAAUCUCUGCAAACAAACUGGAAGCCUGGUUCAGUGGAACUAUCGAGGCCUGCGGAGGUGAUUGCGACAUCCUACCUUUACAAUGGGCUGAUGUCGCCAUUUUCUUCCUGGCCCCGGAGGGGGAGGCCCAGGAGUUGAAAGCCGUUAUGAGCGAGAGGAAGACUAGAUAUUUGGAAGAGACGAAGCGGAGCUUUUGGGAUUGGGAUGACUUCAAGGAGGAUUUUAGACUGGUAAAUCGCCAGGCGACAGAAAUCUCGAAAGCAGCGAAAGGGAAAGAAAACAAAGAUCAACUCAGCGAAUUCUACAAAAAUCAUCCAUUCAUUGCCGCCUCGGCAAGUGCAGGCCUUAUUAUCGGGGGGUCUGUCGUCCUUCUCCCAGCGCUCGGGGUCAUGGCUUUGAACGCGAUAGGGUUCACCGCAGGAGGUGUCUUGGCUGGUUCAUUAGCAGCCACCAUUCAAUCAAUAUUAUAUGGGGGACUCACUGGGGGACUAUUCUCGAUAUUCCAGUCGAUAGGAGCAACUGCGGUGCUUCCAGGCGUGACAGCAGUUGCUGGCGCAUCAACCGCUUUGGGCGCUGGAGUUUCGUCUCUCAUCAACUUGAAAAUGCAGCGCGGCAUGGGGGAAGAUGGCCAGGAUGACCGUGAGGAUGGAGAGGAUGAUCCCAUUGCAACAAGACCCCCAUCUCCAGUCCUAUCUGAGACUUUGUGA